CAAUCAAUUUAUUUCACGGCAGUUCACAUUCUCCUCUCGCUCAUGGCACUUUCUGGGAACUUUCUCAUCAUUGUUGCCCUUCACAAAGUAUCUUCCCUUCAUCCGCCGUCCAAAGUCUUGUAUCGUUGUUUGGCAGCAACUGAUCUGUUAGUUAGUAUUGUUAGCCAGCCUUUCACUGCCAGUUAUUGGAUGUCCUUGGUUCACGAAGAGUGGUAUCUUUGCCGAGUCGCAUACAUGGCAACUUACAUAACAACCUAUACAUUAUGUUUAGUGUCUUUGUUGACAACGGCGGCCAUAAGCGUGGAUAGACUUCUCGCCCUGUUGUCGGGGCUAAGAUACCGACAAAUUGUAACUUUAAAGCGCACUUACUGCAUGGUAGCAACCUUCUGGGUACUGUUUGUCGUCGCUUGUUUAUGCUAUAUUUUAGAAUACCGAAUAGAUAUGUGGUACAGCCGUAUAAUUAUACCAUCUUGCUUAAUAAUCUCAGUAGCUUCGUACACAAAGAUUUUCUGCGUUCUCCGUCAUCACCAGGCUCAAGUACAAGGUUUUAUACAACAACAGCACAACCAACCAAAUGCACUAAACAUGGCGCGAUACAAAAGGGCAGUGUAUAGUGCACUAUGGGUGCAGUUAGCAUUAGUGAGUUGUUAUGUCCCAAUAGGUGUAUCAGGAAUUGUUAUUGCAUCUAGUAAUACAUACUCAUCGAAUUUAAUCGUCACCUGGGGAGUGGCACUUCUUUUAGUUUAUUUUAACUCGGCUUUAAACCCCAUCCUUUACUGCUGGAGAAUCAGUGAGAUGAGACAAGCAGUGAAGCAGACAAUUAAUCAAGCAUUGUGCUGUCCAUUGAAUUAACUCUCCUCUGACUUACACAUGUAUCAAUCCUGAAAAGCUGAUGUAUAAAAUUAUCAAAAGCACGUCCAUUAGUGUUUGUGCCUUGAAAAUUGUUCUCCCCCCUUACCUCGAUAUGAAAUUUGCGUCAUGAAAAUAUCAUUCUCUACUUAAAACACAUCUUUACAUACUUACAAUGAUCGAUAUGACAUGUCCACUAUCCAUUAUGAACCAGCGCGUUACAAGUUUUGAUCAAAACUUUUACUCUCUGUAGAAGGGGAAGACAUGCCAUUUCUUGAUAAAAAGAGUAAGGAAAACAUGGAGAGCUACUUAUAAAUGAUAUAGUACAUUCGAGUUAUCUAAUGAAGAACUCACAGAUGAAAAAUUGUAGUUUAGAAGCCACGAGAAAACAAUAACAUGUCUCCAAUUUGCGCAUUUCUAAUGAAGUAGUAAAGCUAUUAUUUGGAAUCAGAAUGCACUCAGGGCUUUUCUUUGCGAUCAAAACUUGAUGAUGAUGUCACCUGAGCUCAAUAAUAUGGUUUAGUGAUAACGCGCUGUUAACGAAGCCAGCCGCACAAUUUUUUCAUGAUUGGGAAUUAGCCAUAGUGCUCCUAGCGAAACUUUGUAAAUUAAAGAUGCAGACUUUGUUAACAGCUAUUCAAAUGUGCAGUAGGAAAUGCUUAGAAAGGAAAUUGGUAAUCUCUAUUUCAUAUAGAGUUAUCGUUUGAGACCAAUCGUUUGCCUAAGAUUAAGCUCGCAAAUUAUAUUAUUGUUCGUUUUACUAGCUGAAAGGGUUAACAGGCUGUGUUGUUACUCGAUAAGCUGUCAAUGAUAGCUGUGAUGCAGACUACGAGUGACUACUACAGAUAUUUUCCUAGAGUCAGUAUUGGAGCCUCUUAUUACGAAAGAGGAAUCGAGAGUUAGGCAAAAUGAAUGCAAUCACCUGUCGUACACAAAACAGCUUUAAUUGUUACUACGAUAAUAUUUUGCAAAGGUUUCUGUAGCUUUAUGCUUUUCGCCUAUGAAGUUAUUGAAUAUAUUUAUUUGGUAGCAAAACUGUAUUGUAAAAGGCUAGUUUGGUUUUUCGAAAAAUAAAAAAACAACAACAACAAAACAAAACCAUGGCUAAAAUAACAUGGUAUCGGGGACCAUAGACUCAUCCGAGUGAAGUUUUAUAAUUGCUUCCUAACCGUGUAACAUCUACGCCGCAACCCUUUUGUUUUUCAGUUUGCCAUACGUAUGUGAUCAUAAUUCUGACAAGUCCCGUGAUCACAGCAAUGGCAUAAACACCUCGUCAUCUGUCAAUAGCUUUCAGUAAAGGUUUUCCUUAGUCAAACACUGAAUUUGUUCAUUAUUUAUUUAGAAGCAAUUGUCAUAGAGAGUAUAAAUUUGUUCCUGUUAUACGAUGCCAUAUCCAAUACGUCGAUUACCAAAGCUUACCAAUUUGAUAAACAGGUAACUGAGACAAACAGACAGCAUUGUUCAGUAACAAAAUUCAGCUUAAAACCAGAGAUAAUUUGCACACAAAUUGUCUCCCGUGAGUGGAAUGUGUGAAUUAAGAUCGUUUGAGCAGCAUUUCCACCCUCGGAUCGAUCUGGAGACCUUUUAGGGUAUAAAGGCAGGAUAAAUUGUCGCAAAAUUUCUUGUCACUGAACAACUGAUUCCCUUUAAGGAUGGUUAUUUUAUGCAAGGCACACAUGCUAAUCUCAAUGAUAUGUUUUGCGGCACAAAAGACACUUGAGAUCGUUUGUGCAUUUCAAAAAGGGUACCGUUUAAAUGCUUGAGUAUAUAUUCAUUUAAGCCACAGUGGAUGUGAAGUUGUUGUGAAGGCGAAAGAUCUCUGUUAUAUCCAAAGGAAAGUAGAUAUUAAUGAUGCCGGCUUCAAAUUUAACAACAUUUGAAAAGCACACAAAAGCAUUUGAAGACCUAAUUUGCUCGUCAUCAUUGGCAGGUGGAUUGCAACAACAAUCAAUUUAUUUCACGGCAGUCCACAUUAUCCUUUCGCUUAUGGCAUUUUUGGGGAACUUUCUCAUCCUUGUUGUAAAAAUUAAAGUUUUUAUAUAUACUACAGGCGAUUGCAUUAACUCUCUAACCCUCGAUUCCUUUUUCGUAAUAAGUGGCUCCACUACUGGCUCGAAGAAAAUAUAUGUAGUAGUGACUUGUACUCUGCAUCACGGCUUUAUUAUUAUUAUCAUUUUUUAUUUUUAUUUUGACAGCUUAUCGAGUGAUAACAUAGCCUGUUCGAGGCCUUCAUAUUGUAAAACGAAGUGCAAGGUAAACGGCACGAUAGUCAAGGCAGAGCGGAAAAAAAAGUCAGACUUGGGUCGAGUCGAGUUAAGAACGGCGUUCACCCGACGCGACCCAACCCGAUUCGACCCGACCCCUCUCCACCGUUUUUUCACUCUAUCGCUGCUAUCGUGUAGUGUACCAUUUGCUCCGUUUUACUAAAUGAAGGCCUAGAAAAGGUCAGUGGUAACAACAGCAACUAAAUAUGAGUUCUGCUUAAUAGCCUGGGACAUCCUUCAUCAUUUCAUCACAUUCUGUUUAAAGAUCAGGUUCAGCUUGGCUUGCCUGGCUUAGCUCAUGACUCAGUAAGACAAAGUAAAUUUAUUUAAGUUUCAUUUUGUCUAUGAGAUAUAACUUUAUUUAUGGCAACGUUAAUUUCCUCAUAUUAUUUACUGAUCUAAAAUUCGCAUGCAACCUGUUAUUCAUUCCGUGAUAAUCGUAACGGUUCUGAGGACGAAAGGGAAGCGUUAAAGGGCACCACAUAAAAAACGUUAGAGCGUAGCAGUUUUUAAAACAAAGUCCUUUUCCUUCCAUUAUACUUAUUCUUUUUUCAGAACUUAAAAGACAUGAAUAAUGUUUUGACUAUCAGAUGGAAUUCAAGCGCGGAAAUUGUCCUUGCGGUGGAGAGCUAUCAUACAAAUCUUUUAAUUAGGAGCAGUGGUAGGCGUUCAAGAGCGCGUGUUAGCAGCUUUUUUGCUCGAUUGUCGUUAAAAUGAGAGAAUGUUUUCUCAUAUGACCAGCUGUGUAUACAAGGCUUAUGAUAGAGUCACGACAUGCUCUUGAAUAUUCGAAUUUGGUGAUAAAAGAGCUUUCAAAAUUACUCGCUCAAAGAAAUUUAUGGAUAACCCCCCGAGGGCUACAAUUUUCUACUCGAUAAACAGUCCUAACUGAUGCAGAUAACAGACUGAUAAACAAUUAGUCUUAUCAACCAUGUUAGAGUCUUGGCUCUAUUUCUUAUUAUAAGUUUCUUCUGUCAUAAUUUUCAAACUUGCUCUCCGGCAAACGAUUGGUCUCAAACGAUAAAUCUAUAAGUGAAAAUAGUGAUAAUCAACUCAUUUUCUAAGAAGUGACUUCAAAAUAUUUAAAUAGAUGAAAACAAAGUCGACAAAUUUUUGUUAUAAGCAGAUCGAGCCCGUGGCUCCUGUUACAAUCCAUUAACACUUGACCGUGUAUCUGAGCCAAAGUGACAUAUCUCAUUCAGUUUUGACAAAACAGAAAAAUCGUCAGCGCAUUCUGCUUGAAAAGAAUAGUCUCCAUUGCUUCAUUAUAAGUGUGUGAAUUCGGCAUGUGAUAUUUCUGUGAUAUAUUGUAUUACCAAACUAAUGUUUUACCUUUUAGUUGUUCUUAAGAUAACUUGAAUAUAAAAAUGAGAAGUGACUCUUUAUGGUUUUCCUCACUCUUCUAUAUUAAAUGGUAUAUCCUCUCCUCUCUUGUUAUAAACAUGAUUGUUAAAUAGCUUUGGAAGAAACAUGUAAACGUCGAAAUGGGUCGUAUUUACAGCUUUAUUGCAUAACAUUAUUUCGAAAACGUCUAGGACGUUCCGAGCCUACCAUGCAGAUAGGCGAUGUUGUGUUAGUGUCUUGAUAAUGUCCGACAAUCAAGUUAAAAAACGUCGCUCAUCUAUCUGAAAAUCGAAGAAGUCCAAGCAGCGAAAACACUGGAUUAAGAAGCCUUGUGCGCAUGAGUAGACGGUAAAACCACUGACGAAUGUCACAAACUUUAUCCGGUUAUUGGUUCCAUCUGAACAGAACGAAACUUUCGCACAGUUCCACGUGAACAGAAUAUCUGGUCGAAAUUUUUGGCCGGUCGAAAAUUCGUCCGGUGCCGAGUGAACGUAGCCUUAAUAUUCGAAUAUUACUAAAGGUAAAUCGUAAAUCGCGAGAAAAAUAGCAACAAAACGAAUCCAGUCACUUGCCGAAUACAUGACUUGAAACAAGAACAAGAAAAAAUAAUUUAGGGUAAUUCAGGAGUAUUGAGUGAGUUGAUAACUUAAUUAACCUCCGUAAAGAGUUUAAAAGCUGACGCUUUGAGCGUUAGCGCGAGAGCGACUGGAGCAAUUAUGGGGUGUGUAUGGGUUUGUCUACAAAUUAUGGAGCUACGCUAUUGGUGGGAAUAUGGUGACGAGAAGACAAGAAUAAAUUGAAUGAAGGUUGCUCGUUGAUACCGUAAGGAUUAAGAGUGCCGAUUUUAAAGACAAAUUUUUGUUCUAAAGUUUUGCUACUUUUCGAACUGCCUAUAUGUAAGGAAAGGCCGCAAACUGCCAUAUGCUGCUUAGAAUGAUUAGGGAGAUUUAAGUGUCUAGCAACUGGUUUGGAUGCGUCUUUGUCAUUUCUUUCUACGUCGCGAAAGUGUUCUCGGAAUCGGUCACCUAAUCGUCUUCCUUCCAAGAAACUAGAAGCUUACCUCACUAUUAAUUAGAUACUUGAAAAAAAUGGGACCUCGAGCUUCUUAAGAUAACUCUUACAUUUUUUCGUGACCACAAAAAAAUAAUCCUGCUAAAUUUGCGGCCAUGAAAGAAGUGAGUAAAUAUAGUGAAUUGAAAAGUUAAGAUAGAGAUGGGCUAACGACGUAACAUCUGACACCUGUCGCCGUUUCGUUCCUAAGUCAACAGGGGUGCGACACGUAGAAAACAGAAAUUCAAAUAUUUUUAGAAUAACUUUGCAUUUGUAACCUGCAUUAAUUUUGAAAUUGGACUUUUUCUCUCAGUUUGCCCUUGUUGAUAACAAGUCAUGGUGUCCCAAGAUUCCCGUGAAUUAGUAAUUCACCGUAUUAUCUGGGUAAGGAAACGAAUCCGAUCCAAACAACACGCCGGCCAAUACGUUGGUAGCAGUGUCGGCAAACAAUCGGUCGACUGUCCACCGAUUAUCUGUCGACUUUAGAUUUCAUAUCACUGGUGGUUUAUUUAGGUGAAGAGGUUUUUGUUCUGUUUUAUUGUAAAAUUUACCUAUCACAACUACAGUUUUCCUCCCUCUUACUUUUAAUUCAAAUCGCGCAGAAAAACUCGCCUUUUUUUCUCUCUCGUGUGAUAAACCUCACAGCUUUCGGGCAUUUUACAUAGUCAGAUGCCAGUGAUAAAUUUUACUCGGUGUAAUUGUUAUUCAAAAACUAAGGUUUAAUUGAUCUUGACUUGGAGGAUGCUGUUAAGACGAAAUAUCCCUCGUUGUAACUAAUUAUAAGGAUAACGACAAGAAGUACAUGGCGACAACAAAUAUAACGGGAAGAGGAACACUUACGCAAACAUUUGACGGAUCGCUAUGUUCCCCAAUUUGGUUAGGUGAGAUUAAACAGCAGUCCAUUUCACUCUCAGCAGUCAACAUUCUCCUCUCCAUCACAGCAACUCUUGGGAAUUCUCUUAUCCUUGUUUCCCUUCACAAGGAAUCUUCCCUCCAUCCGCCAUCCAAACUCUUGUAUCGUUGUCUGGCAACAACUGAUCUCUUGGUUGGUCUUGUUACCCAACCUAUUUAUGCUGCCUUUUGGAUGUCCGUGGUUCACGAACACUGGAGUCUUUGCCAAUUCUCAUUUUACGCAACCGGCGUAACAGGCUAUGCGUUAUGUUCAGUUUCCAUGUUGACGCUGACGACCAUAAGCGUGGACCGACUUCUCGCCAUGUUGUUGGGACUGAGAUACAAAGAGAUUGUAACUUUGAGGCGCACAUACAUCAUUUUAGCUAUCUUUUGGAUUGUAUCUCUACUCUCUGGCUUGUUCUUUCAUCUUAAUUACCGUAUAACUUUUUGGCUCAGUUUUACAGGUGCACCGUUAUGCCUAGUUAUAUCAAUCGCCUCGUACACAAAGAUUUUUCGCGCAAUCAGUCAUCAUCAGGCUCAAAUACAAGAUUAUGCUCAACAACAGCCGAGCCAACCAAAUGCACUGAACAUGGCGCGAUACAGAAAGGCAGUGUACAGUGCACUGUGGGUGCAGUUAGUAUUAGUUGUCUGUUAUGUACCAAACAUGACAGUGGAAAUUGUGAUAUCUUUGAGUCUAAAGGGAUUAUCGAAUUUCAUCGUAAUCAGGGGAAUGGCAAAUGUCUUAGUGUUCUUUAACUCUACUUUAAACCCGUUCCUUUACUGCUGGAAGAUAAGUGAAGUGAUACGAGCAGUAAAGCUGACAAUCAGACAAGCAAUCUGCUAUGCAGAGGGGUAGACCUAUUUUAACGUUGGCAUGUAGAUUUUCUUCUAUAACUUAUUUGAAAUAUUAUAAACUUUAAGAGAGAGGGGAAGACAUGCCAUUUCUUGAUAAAAAGAGUAAGAAAAACAUGGAGAGCUACUUAUAAAUGGUAUAUUACAUUCGAGUUAUCUAAUGAAGAACUCACAGAUGAAAAAUUGUAGUUUAGAAGCCACAAGAAAACAAUAACAUGUCUCCAAUUUGCGCAUUUCUAAUGAAGUAGUAAAGCUAUUAUUUGGAAUCAGAAUGCACUCAGGGUUUUUUUUUUGCGAUCAAAACUUGAUGAUGAUGUCAAUAAUAUGGUUUAGUGAUAACGCGCUGUUAACGAAGCCAGCCGCACAAUUUGUCAUGAUUGGGAAUUAGCCAUAGUGCUCCUAGCGAAACUUUGUAAAUUAAAGAUGCAGACUUUGUUAACAGCUAUUCAAAUGUGCAGUAGGAAAUACUUAGAAAGGAAAUUGGUAAUCUCUAUUUCAUAUAGAGUUAUCGUUUGAGACCAAUCGUUUGCCUUAGAUUAAGCUCGCAAAUUAUAUUAUUGUUCGUUUUACUAGCUGAAAGGGUUAACAGGCUGUGUUGUUACUCGAUAAGCUGUCAAUGAUAGCUGUGAUGCAGACUACGAGUGACUACUACAGAUAUUUUCCUAGAGUCAGUAUUGGAGCCUCUUAUUACGAAAGAGGAAUCGAGAGUUAGGCAAAAUGAAUGCAAUCACCUGUCGUACACAAAACAGCUUUAAUUGUUACUACGAUAAUAUUUUGCAAAGGUUUCUGUAGCUUUAUGCUUUGCGCCUAUGAAGUUAUUGAAUAUUUUUAUUUAGUAGCAAAACUGUAUUGUAAAAGGCUAGUUUGGUUUUUCGAAAAAUAAAAAAAACAACAACAACAACAAAACAAAACCAUGGCUAAAAUAACAUGGUAUCGGGGACCAUAGACUCAUCCGAGUGAAGUUUUAUAAUUGCUUCCUAACCGUGUAAAAUCUACGCCGCAACCCUUUUGUUUUUCAGUUUGCCAUACGUAUGUGGUCAUAAUUCUGACAAGUCCCGUGAUCACAGCAAUGGCAUAAACACCUUGUCAUCUGUCAAUAGCUUUCAGUAAAGGUUUUCCUUAGUCAAACACUGAAUUUGUUCAUUAUUUAUUUAGAAGCAAUUGUCAUAGAGAGUAUAAAUUUGUUCCUGUUAUACGAUGCCAUAUCCAAUACGUCGUUUACCAAAGCUUACCAAUUUGAUAAACAGGUAACUGAGACAAACAGACAGCAUUGUUCAGUAACAAAAUUCCGCUUAAAACCGGAGAUAAUUUGCACACAAAUUGUCUCCCGUGAGUGGAAUGUGUGAAUUAAGAUCGUUUGAGCAGCAUUUCCAACCUCGGAUCGAUCUGGAGACCUUUUAGGGUAUAAAGGCAGGAUAAAUUGUCGCAAAAUUUCUUUUCACUGAACAACUGAUUCCCUUUAAGGAUGGUUAUUUUAUGCAAGGCACACAUGCUAAUCUCAAUGAUAUGUUUUGCGGCACAAAAGACACUUGAGAUCGUUUGUGCAUUUCAAAUAGGGUACCGUUUAAAUGCUUGAGUAUAUAUUCAUUUAAGCCACAGUGGAUGUGAAGUUGUUGUGAAGGCGAAAGAUCUCUGUUAUAUCCAAAGGAAAGUAGAUAUUAAUGAUGCCGGCUUCAAAUUUAACAACAUUUGAAAGGCACACAAAAACAUUUGAAGACCUAAUUUGCUCGUCAUCAUUGGCAGGUGGAUUGCAACAACAAUCAAUUUAUUUCAAGCAGUCCACAUUCUCCUUUCGCUUAUGGCAUUUUUGGGGAACUUUCUCAUCCUUGUUGUAAAAAUUAAAGUUUUUGUAUAUACUACAGGCGAUUGCAUUUAUUCUGUCUAACUCUCGAUUCCUUUUUCGUAAUAAGUGGCUCCACUACCGACUCGAAGAAAAUAAAUGUAGUAGUGACUUGUACUCUGCAUCACAGCUUUAUUAUUAUUAUCAUUUUUUUUUUUUUUAUUUUGAUAGCUUAUCGAGUGAUAACAUAGCCUGUUCGAGGCCUUCAUAUUGUAAAACGAAGUGCACAGUAAACGGCACGAUAGUCAAGGUCGACCCAACCCGAUUCGACCCGACCCCUCUCCACCGUUUUUUCACUCUAUCGCUGCUAUCGUGCAGUGUACCAUUUGCUCCGUUUUACUAAAUGAAGGCCUAGAAAAGGUUAGUGGUAACAACAGCAACUAAAUAUGAGUUCUGCUUAAUAGCCUGGGACAUCCUUCAUCAUUUCAUCACAUUCUGUUUAAAGAUCAGGUUCAGCUCGGCUUGCCUGGCUCAGUUCAUGACUCAGCAAGACAAAGUAAAUUUAUUUAAGUUUCAUUUUGUCUAUGAGAUAUACCUCUAUUUAUGGCAACGUUAAUUUCCUCAUAUUAUUUACUGACCUAAUAUUCGCAUACAACCUGUUAUUCAUUCCGUGAUAAUCGUAACGGUUCUGAGGACGGAAGGGAAGCGUUAAAGGGCACCAAAUAAAAGACGUUAGAGCGCAGCAGUUUUUUAAAACAAAGUCCGAUUCCUUCCAUUAUACUUAUUCUUUUUUCAGAACUUAAAAGACAUGAAUAAUGUUUUUACUAUUAGAUGAAUUCAAGCGCGGAAAUGGUCCUUGCGGUGGUGAGCUGUCAUACAAAUCUUUUAAUUAGGAGCAGUUGUAGGUGUUCAAGAGCGCGUGUUAGCAGCUUUUUUGCUCGAUUGUCGUUAAAAUGAGAGAAUGUUUUCUCAUAUGACCAGCUGUGUAUAUAUUAUGAUAGAGUCACGACAUGUUCUUGAAUAUUCGAAUUUGGUGAUAAAAGAGCUUUCAAGAUUACUUGCUCAAAGAAAUUUAUGGAUAACUCCCCGAGGGCUACAAUUUUCUACUCGAUAAACAGUCCUAACUGAUGUAGAUAACAGACUGAUAAACAAUUAGUCUUAUCAAACAUGUUAGAAUCUUGGCUCUAUUUCUUAUUAUAAGUUUCUUCUGUCAUAAUUUGCAAACUUGCUCUCCGGCAAACGAUUGGUCUCAAACGAUAAAUCUAUAAGUGAAAAUAGUGAUAAUCAACUCAUUUUCUAAGAAUUGACUUCAAAAUAUUUAAACAGAUGAAAACAAAGUCGACAAAUUUUUGUUAUAAGCAGAUCGAGCCCGUGGCUCCUGUUACAAUCCAUUAACACUUAACCGUGUGUCUGAGCCAAAGUGACAUAUCUCAUUCAGUUUUGACAAAACAGAAAAAUCGUCAGCGCAUUCUGCUUGAAAAGAAUAGUCUCCAUUGCUUCAUUAUAAGUGAGUGAAUUCGGCAUGUGAUAUUCCUGUGAUAUAUUUUAUUACCAAACUAAUGUUUUACCUUUUAGUUGUUCUUAAGAUAACUUGAAUAUAAAAAUGAGAAGUGACUCUUUAUGGUUUUCCUCACUCUUCUAUAUUAAAUGUUAUAUCCUCUUCUCUCUUGUAACAAACAUGAUUGUUAAAUAGCUUUGGAAGAAACAUGUAAACGUCGAAAUGGGUCGUAUUUACAGCUUUAUUGCAUAACAUUAUUUCGAAAGCGUCUAGGACGUUCCGAGCCUACCAUGCAGAUAGGCGAUGUUGUGCUAGUGUCUUGAUAAUGUCCGACAAUCAAGUUAAAAAACGUCGCUCAUCUAUCUGAAAAUCAAAGAAGUCCAAGCAGCGAAAACACUGGAUUAAGAAGCCUUGUGCGCAUGAGUAGACGGUAAAACCACUGACGAAUGUCACAAACUUUAUCCGGUUAUUGGUUCCAUCUGAACAGAACGAAACUUUCGCACAGUUCCACGUGAACAGAAUAUCAGGUCGAAAUUUUUGGCCGGUCGAAAAUUCGUCCGGUGCCGAGUGAACGUAGCCUUAAUAUUCGAAUAUUACUAAAGGUAAAUCGUUAACCGCGAGAAAAAAAUAGCAACAAAAAGAAUCCAGUCACUUGCCGAAUACAUGACUUGAAACAAGAACAAGAAAAAAUAAUUUAGGGUAAUUCAGGAGUAUUGAGUGAGUUGAUAACUUAAUUAACCUCCGUAAAGAGUUUAAAAGCUGACGCUUUGAGCGUUAGCGCGAGAGCGACUGGAGCAAUUAUGGGGUGUGUAUGGGUUUGUCUACAAAAUAUGGAGCUACGCUAUUGGUGGUAAUAUAGUGACGAGAAAACAAGAAUAAAUUGAAUGAAGGUUGUUCGUUGAUACCGUAGGGAUUAAGAGUGCCGAUUUUAAAGACAAAUUUUUGUUCUAAAGUUUUGCUACUUUUCGAACUGCCUAUAUGUAAGGAAAGGCCGCAAACUACCAUAUGCUGCUUAGAAUGAUUAGGGAGAUUUAAGUGUCUAGCAACUGGUUUGGAUGCGUCCUUGUCAUUUGUUUCUUCGUCGCGAAAGUGUUCUCGGAAUCGGUCACCUAAUCGUCUCCCUUCCAAGAAACUAGAAGCUUACCUCACUAUUAAUUAGAUACUUGAAAAAAAUGGGACCUCGAGCUUCUUAAGAUAACCCUUACAUUUUUUCGUGACCACAAAAAAAUAAUCCUGCUAAAUUUGCGGCCAUGAAAGAAGUGAGUAAAUAUAGUGAAUUGAAAAGUUAAGAUAGAGAUGGGCUAACGACGUAACAUCUGACACCUGUCGCCGUUUCGUUCCUAAGUCAACAGGGGUGCGACACGUAGAAAACAGAAAUUCAAAUAUUUUUAGAAUAACUUUGCAUUUGUAACCUGCAUUAAUUUUGAAAUUGGACUUUUUCUCUCAGUUUGCCCUUGUUGAUAACAAGUCAUGGUGUCCCAAGAUUCCCGUGAAUUAGUAAUUCACCGUAUUAUCUGGGUAAGGAAACGAAUCCGAUCCAAACAACACGCCGGCCAAUACGUUGGUAGCAGUGUCGGCAAACAAUCGGUCGACUGUCCACCGAUUAACUGUCGACUUUCGAUUUCAUAUCACUGGUGGUUUAUUUAGGUGAAGAGGUUUUUGUUCUGUUUUAUUGUAAAAUUUACCUAUCACAACUACAGUUUUCCUCCCUCUUACUUUUAAUUCAAAUCGCGCAGAAAAACUCGCCUUUUUUUCUCUCUCGUGUGAUAAACCUCACAGCUUUCGGGCAUUUUACAUAGUCAGAUGCCAGUGAUAAAUUUUACUCGGUGUAAUUGUUAUUCAAAAACUAAGGUUUAAUUGAUCUUGACUCGGAGGAUGCUGUUAAGACGAAAUAUCCCUCGUUGUAACUAAUUAUAAGGAUAACGACAAGACGAUGAUGGCGACAACAAAUGUAACGGGAAGAGGAACACUUACGCAAACAUUUAACCGAUCGCUAUGUUCCCCAAUUUGGUUAGAUGAGUUUAAACAGCAGUCCAUUUCACUCUCAGCAGUCAACAUUCUCCUCUCCAUCACAGCAACUCUUGGGAAUUCUCUUAUCCUUGUUGCCCUUCACAAGGAAUCUUCCCUCCAUCCGCCAUCCAAACUCUUGUAUCGUUGUCUGGCAACAACUGAUCUCUUGGUUGGUCUUGUUACCCAACCUAUGUAUGCUGCCUAUUGGAUGUCCGUGGUUCACGAACACUGGAGUCUUUGCCAAUUCUCAUUUUACGCAACCGGCGUAACAGGCUAUGCGUUAUGUUCAGUUUCCAUGUUGACGCUGACGACCAUAAGCGUGGACCGACUUCUCGCCAUGUUGUUGGGACUGAGAUACAAGGAGAUUGUAACUUUGAGGCGCACAUACAUCAUUUUAGCUAUCGUUUGGAUUGUAUCUCUACUUUCUGGCUUGUUGUUUCAUCUUAAUUACCGUAUAACUUUUUGGCUCAGUUUUACAGGUGCACCGUUAUGCCUUGUUAUAUCAAUCGCCUCGUACACAAAGAUUUUUCGCGCAAUCAGUCAUCAUCAGGCUCAAAUACAAGAUUAUGCUCAACAACAGCCGAGCCAACCAAAUGCACUGAACAUGGCGCGAUACAGAAAGGCAGUGUACAGUGCACUGUGGGUGCAGUUAGUAUUAGUUGUCUGUUAUGUACCAAACAUGACAGUGGAAAUUGUGAUAUCUUUGAGUCUAAAGGGAUUAUCGAAUUUCAUCGUAAUCAGGGGAAUGGCAAAUGUCUUAGUGUUCUUUAACUCUACUUUAAACCCGUUCCUUUACUGCUGGAAGAUAAGUGAAGUGAUACGAGCAGUAAAGCUGACAAUCAGACAAGCAAUCUGCUAUGCAGAGGGGUAGACCUAUUUUAACGUUGGCAUGUAGAUUUUCUUCUAUAACUUAUUUGAAAUAUUAUAAACUUUAAGAGAGAGGGGAAGACAUGCCAUUUCUUGAUAAAAAGAGUAAGGAAAACACGGAGAGCUACUUAUAAAUGGUAUAUUGCAUUCGAGUUAUCUAAUGAAGAACUCACAGAUGAAAAAUUGUAGUUUAGAAGCCACGAGAAAACAAUAACAUGUCUCCAAUUUGCGCAUUUCUAAUGAAGUAGUAAAGCUAUUAUUUGGAAUCAGAAUGCACUCAGGGUUUUUCUUUGCGAUCAAAACUUGAUGAUGAUGUCACCUGAGCUCAAUAAUAUGGUUUAGUGAUAACGCGCUGUUAACGAAGCCAGCCGCACAAUUUUUUCAUGAUUGGGAAUUAGCCAUAGUGCUCCUAGCGAAACUUUGUAAAUUAAAGAUGCAGACUUUGUUAACAGCUAUUCAAAUGUGCAGUAGGAAAUGCUUAGAAAGGAAAUUGGUAAUCUCUAUUUCAUAUAGAGUUAUCGUUUGAGACCAAUCGUUUGCCUAAGAUUAAGCUCGCAAAUUAUAUUAUUGUUCGUUUUACUAGCUGAAAGGGUUAACAGGCUGUGUUGUUACUCGAUAAGCUGUCAAUGAUAGCUGUGAUGCAGACUACGAGUGACUACUACAGAUAUUUUCCUAGAGUCAGUAUUGGAGCCUCUUAUUACGAAAGAGGAAUCGAGAGUUAGGCAAAAUGAAUGCAAUCACCUGUCGUACACAAAACAGCUUUAAUUGUUACUACGAUAAUAUUUUGCAAAGGUUUCUGUAGCUUUAUGCUUUGCGCCUAUGAAGUUAUUGAAUAUUUUUAUUUAGUAGCAAAACUGUAUUGUAAAAGGCUAGUUUGGUUUUUCGAAAAAUAAAAAAAACAACAACAACAACAAAACAAAACCAUGGCUAAAAUAACAUGGUAUCGGGGACCAUAGACUCAUCCGAGUGAAGUUUUUUGUUUUUCAGUUUUCCGUACGUAUGUGAUCAUAAUUUUGACAAGUCCCGUGAUCACAGCAAUGGCAUAAACACCUCGUCAUCUGUCAAUAGCUUUCAGUAAAGGUUUUCCUUAGUCAAACACUGAAUUUGUUCAUUAUUUAUUUAGAAGCAAUUGUCAUAGAGAGUAUAAAUUUGUUCCUGUUAUACGAUGCCAUAUCCAAUACGUCGAUACCAAAGCUUACCAAUUUGAUAAACAGGUAACUGAGACAAACAGACAGCAUUGUUCAGUAACAAAAUUCCGCUUAAAACCAGAGAUAAUUUGCACACAAAUUGUCUCCCGUGAGUGGAAUGUGUGAAUUAAGAUCGUUUGAGCAGCAUUUCCACCCUCGGAUCGAUCUGGAGACCUUUUAGGGUAUAAAGGCAGGAUAAAUUGUCGCAAAAUUUCUUGUCACUGAACAACUGAUUCCCUUUAAGGAUGGUUAUUUUAUGCAAGGCGCACAUGCUAAUCUCAAUGAUAUGUUUUGCGGCACAAAAGACACUUGAGAUCGUUUGUGCAUUUCAAAAAGGGUACCGUUUAAAUGCUUGAGUAUAUUCAUUUAAGCCACAGUGGAUGUGAAGUUGUUGUGAAGGCGAAAGAUCUCUGUUAUAUCCAAAGGAAAGUAGAUAUUAAUGAUGACGGCUUCAAAUUUAACAACAUUUGAAAGGCACACAAAAACAUUUGAAGACCUAAUUUGCUCGUCAUCAUUGGCAGGUGGAUUGCAGCAACAAUCAAUUUAUUUCACGGCAGUCCACAUUCUCCUUUCGCUUAUGGCAUUUUUGGGGAACUUUCUCAUCCUUGUUGUAAAAAUUAAAGUUUUUGUAUAUACUGCAGGCGAUUGCAUUUAUUCUGUCUAACUCUCGAUUCCUUUUUCGUAAUAAGUGGCUCCACUACUGGCUCGAAGAAAAUAUAUGUAGUAGUGACUUGUACUCUGCAUCCCAGCUUUAUUAUUAUUAUCAUUUUUUUUUUUUAUUUUGACAGCUUAUCGAGUGAUAACAUAGCCUGUUCGAGGCCUUCAUAUUGUAAAACGAAGUGCACAGUAAACGGCACGAUAGUCAAGGCAGAGCGGGAAAAAAAGUGAGACUUGGGUCGAGUCGAGUUAAGAACGGCGUUCACCCGACGCGACCCAACCCGAUUCGACCCGACCCCACUCUCCCCCGUUUUUUCACUCUAUCGCUGCUAUCGUGUAGUGUACCAUUUGCUCCGUUUUACUAAAUGAACGCCUAGAAAAGGUUAGUGGUAACAACAGCAACUAAAUAUGAGUUCUGCUUCAUAGCCUGGGACAUCCUUCAUCAUUUCAUCACAUUCUGUUUAAAGAUCAGGUUCAGCUUGGCUUGCCUGGCUUAGCUCAUGACUCAGUAAGACAAAGUAAAUUUAUUUAAGUUUCAUUUUGUCUAUGAGAUACAACUUUAUUUAUGGCAACGUUAAUUUCCUCAUAUUAUUUACUGAUCUAAAAUUCGCAUACAACCUGUUAUUCAUUCCGUGAUAAUCGUAACGGUUCUGAGGACGGAAGGGAAGCGUUAAAGGGCACCACAUAAAAAACGUUAGAGCGUAGCAGUUUUUAAAACAAAGUCCUUUUCCUUCCAUUAUACUUAUUCUCUUUUCAGAACUUAAAAGACAUGAAUAAUGUUUUGACUAUUAGAUGAAUUCAAGCGCGGAAAUGGUCCUUGCGGUGGUGAGCUGUCAUACAAAUCUUUUAAUUAGGAGCAGUUGUAGGUGUUCAAGAGCGCGUGUUAGCAGCUUUUUUGCUCGAUUGUCGUUAAAAUGAGAGAAUGUUUUCUCAUAAGACCAGCUGUGUAUACAAGGCUUAUGAUAGAGUCACGACAUGUUCUUGAAUAUUCGAAUUUGGUGAUAAAAGAGCUUUCAAAAUUACUUGCUCAAAGAAAUUUAUGGAUAACCCCCCGAGGGCUACAAUUUUCUACUCGAUAAACAGUCCUAACUGAUGCAGAUAACAGACUGAUAAACAAUUAGUCUUAUUAACAUGUUAGAGUCUUAGCUCUAUUUCUUAUUAUAAGUUUCUUCUGUCAUAAUUUGCAAACUUGCUCUCCGGCAAACGAUUGGUCUCAAACGAUAAAUCUAUAAGUGAAAAUACUGAUAAUCAACUCAUUUUCUAAGAAUUGACUUCAAAAUAUUUAAACAGAUGAAAACAAAGUCGACAAAUUUUUGUUAUAAGCAGAUCGUGCCCGUGGCUCCUGUUACAAUCCGUUAACACUUGACCGUGUAUCUGAGCCAAAGUGACAUAUCUCGUUCAGUUUUGAGAAAACAGAAAAAUCGUCAGCGCAUUCUGCUUGAAAAGAAUAGUCUCCAUUGCUUCAUUAUAAGUGUUGUAGCCAUAAAGUUAAAGACAUCGCAUACCGUACUCUUGUAAGGCCUAAACUCGAAUAUGCGUCCUCUGUAUGGAACCCAUAUAGGCAGCAUAACAUAAGCAAAAUUGAAUCUGUCCAACGAAGAGCCCCUCGAUUCGUCUUUAACGACUACUCGAAUUAUAGCCACGUUACACCUAUAAUACAAAGUCUUGGCUGGGAUUCAUUCCAUCACCGAAGACUUCUUUCACAAGGCACUAUGUUUUAUAAAAUCUAUAUGGGCCACGUUGGCAUAUCACUCCCAUCUGAUGUCACACCAAAUGAAAGACUAUCAAGAGCUCCAAACUGUCGUCCUUUCAAACAAUUGAAAGUGAAUAAUGAUAUAUAUAUAUAUAUAUAUAUAUAUAUAUAUAUAUAUAUAUAUAUAUAUAUAUAUAUAAAUACUCUUUUCAUCCAAGGAUAGUAGUUUUGUGGAACAAUAUAUCUCUAAGCUCUUCUAACAUUGUUAAUAUAGAUAUAUUUAGAUCAAAUGCUCUUUCAUUUAUUAGGUCGGUUUAGCCCAUACUAAUUUUAUCUUUACGCUAUUAUAUUAUUUUGUUUUAUCCAAGCUUUGUUUUUCUUACAUUGUUAAAUCUUAAACUUUAUAAAAAAUUAUUUAAUUUUAUUCUUUGUAAUUAGUCUUCCUGGUAUAGUUAUUACUGUUUCAGGAGUAUCUCGAUUAAAGGCACUUGUUUUAGUUUCUUUUAACUCGGCUUUAAACCCCGUCCUUUACUGCUGAAGGAUCAGUGAGAUGAGACAAGCAGUCUACUCCAAUCUUUUUUACAUUAUACGUGUAUACAUGUAUAAUUACAUUAUAUAUGCCCUUACCACCGAACGACAGAAACUCCAAGGAAACAAGGCCAUGACUAGCUUCAUGUGUGCCUCGUGCCCUAAAGGAAUCGCAAUGUCAUUUCAUUCAUAUCCUUUUUAUUCCAACCGGUAGUUGGCAUUUCGGUUGACUAGCUUGGAAUUAAACACGAGAAAAAUAGACCAAUUUUUUAAUGGUUUUCUGGGUUUUCUCUAACCUAAUGCUUUAUUUCCUGUUUUCCACGCAAUUCAGUAACAGGAAAUACUAAAAAAACCACGGUUUUAUCUACAAUUCUUUUAGAGAGACUCUGCCAACAACAUUUCGAGGUGUCCUCUAAAGAAAAAUUUGCAAGUUGUAAAUAUUCCGCUGACUUCUGUUAAGUUAAGAAUCCUUCCAGAGACGGUGAUAUAUCCAAGCUGCUCCGAAUCAAACCUUAUUGUUCUUAUACCUCUUGACAUGGCUUCACCAAGCAUUUAAAAUCAAAAGACAAAGAAAUUACAAAAGGCAGGGGGGGACGAACGUUGACUCGAAUUCGAACUUGCCCUGUGGAUUGAAGAAUAAUUUUUUUUACGCAUAGAGAAGUGUCUUGACUAAGAGGUUCCUUAACCCCUUAACUCCUAUGAGUGAUCAACCAGAUAAGUAAUGAGAAUAAAUCAAUAUAUCAAUUUGGGGAUAAUUAGUUGAUCCAAUAUUAAAUUCUCUGCACUAACAUUAUAAGAAUUGCAUGGUUGACAGUAAGGAGAAUUACAAAUUUGAUCUGGGAGUUAAAAGGUUUAACUUAAUACUUGAAUUCAGGUGUUGAAAGAUACUACGACUAGAAAGUGGAGCGACUAACAAAUACGAAAUGUAUGCUCUGAUAAAAGGUAUUACAUUUACAGCAUUCCCAGCCUUAGAUUACUAUUGAAAAUAUCUGAGGGCGACUCCGUCAGCUGCUUGUCUCCUGAAUACCUAGCAACAUAAAAUUAUAUAAUCUAAUGAUGUUAAUGAAUGGAUGUCACAUUUUGCUGGAAGUAUUACUUUAUAGCUAAUCCUCUACGUUGUAGGUAAUGAUUACUCCAUAAUGCACCUAUCAUUUUAAAGCUUCAACAUUUCUAGUUAAACUCAAAAUGAAGCGAUCUGGUACCGAAACAUCUGCAACACAACCGUGUGUAAGCCUUGAAAAAGAGGGUGUUCAGUUCUUAUUGAAAGGUUGCAAAAUCGGGAAACUAGGCUCUAUUUCAUUCAUUAUUAGCUGGAAAAAUGUUUGUUUAGUUGAGAAAAUUCGAUUCCUUGUCAUUUCAGCAAAUGCAGACUAGCGCGCAACUUGAUUAGAUUUUUUUAUUUCCACACAGACCAGCAAGCACAAGGAAAACCAUUUCGUAACCAGUCUUCUCCUCUUUGAGUUAGCCGAGCAAAAGAAAAACGGGUAACUCUUCCCCUAAGUGCCAUGUAUUUGUCAUAUUAUUUGUUUCCAUUUCGUCUUUUAUAUCAUAUUCACUUUUCAAUUUCUCAGUAAUGUAAUCAGUACAAACGCUGUUCUCAAAUGCCAGAUAAAACUUAAAUGUGCUGAAAAUAUCAUUGCAAUUGCUUGAUGCCUGGCAUUGAUUGUCUUGGCCAAAGUUUCCCGAACAGUCGCCAUAAACAUCAACUUUAAUGUAUUUCAGAAGUUUUUUUACGUACUUAUCUCGAGUUGUCCCUCAAUUGGAAAUAACAUAACAUAACAUAACAUAACACAACAUAACAUAACAUAACAUAACACAACACAACACAACACAACACAACACAACACAACACAACACAACACAACACAACACAACACAACAUAACAUAACAUAACAUAACAUAACACAACAUAACAUAACACAACAUAACACAAUAUAACAUAACAUAACACAACAUAACAUAACAUAACAUAAUAUAACAUAACAUAAUAUAACAGGUAUCCGGUCGUUUCGCCUACGGGUCGUUUCGCCUACGGUCUGUUCGCCUACGAAUAGAGUCGAUUCGCCUACGUCUUAUAUGUCAGUUCGCCUACGAGUUAACAGAAACGUCAGAAGUUUAAUAGUUAAGGUUAACUUUAGGUUAAGUUACACAUUAAUUUAAGUAAAACUUAUGAUCGCAAAGUCGAUAAGCAUCGAAGUUAAGUUAAGUCGAGUUUAGUUAAAACAAGCCGGUUAAGUUUAUGAUUUCAAGAUUGUCAAGUAUGAAAAUUAGGCUAAGUUUUCUUCGGUUGGCUUUCCUUUAGGUUAAGUUGCACAUUAAUUUAGGGUAGCUAAGUUUAGGUAGAAUAAGGCUGGAAUUUCGAACUUAAGGCGAAAUAGAUAGCAAGGGUUACAUGUGAAUUAUUUUAUCAAGGGGCGGGUGUCACUAGGACAACCCACACGUUCCCGCAUGUAAUAAGUGUAUUAGAAUUAACACAGAGUGCGGAGGAGUAACAUAUUUUGUAGUUAAAUUUUAUGAUCGCUGACGGUUUGAUUGUCGAUUAUACAGUUAACACAGGCGAAUCGUACGAUCGGCUCGGUAAACUUUUCGCCUCGCCUACCGUCACAAUGAACUCCUCUGCGCCCUGUGGAAUUAAACGCGAAUGAUCUGUUGUUUAAGGGGCAGGUGUCACUCGGAUAACCUAAACGUCCUCGCAUGUAAUAAGUGUAUUAGAAUUAAAAUGUCGCGAAAUGAGUACGCUUCAUGGUUACUGAGUGUAAUUGGAGAACCGUGUAAUUCGCAACUCAGAAUAUGCGAUAUUUACAUAACUUGUUUUUACUCGAACGAAGAUGAAUCAAAUUAAAACGGAAAUUUUCAGGUAAACCAACGCUCCUUAUUUACAAUUAUUUAACUUCGAUAGGCUUGACUUUAUGAGUCACGCUCUAGGAAUUGAAUCGCGAUCGCACAUAAAGUAGAUGAAUCAACUGUUGUAAGACAUGUUUUAACACGUAGGCGAACUGACAUAUGAGACGUAGACGAAUCGACUCUAACCGUAGGCGAACAGACCGUAGGCGAAACGACUCGUAGGCGAAACGACCGUAAUUCAUAUAACAUAACAUAAUAUAACAUAACAUAACAUAACAUAACACAAAUUUUUUUUUCUCAGCUGCAUGGGCAGGAAUUUUCGCCGGUUUCUUAGCUGACGGCAAAGAAACAUAAUUUCCAUAAGGAUAGGGAAAAUCUGACUCCCUUUUGAAAGUUAUAGUUCAAUUAAAGAAGCCCUCCGGCAAGGAAAGACGGUUCUUUUAAUCUGGGUUAUCGACAAUGGAUUAUUGGUUUGAAAACGCCAUUCUUUGCUGUGGGCACCGGUAAUUGUGAAUUUCUUUCGUUCUUACAUAACUUUGCACAUCACGAGCAUGAAAAAUAAAUAAAUCACUUUUUCCUAUAUCGUAAACAUUAUACGUUAUUUGGGAUUUUUUGUCGGACAUUUCAAAAGAUACUCUUCCGUGGAGUUGGCUCCGGGCCAUGGCUUGCUACCAAACAUAGGAGUGUAGAGAAAAAUGGUUUUGGUGUCAUUACUAAAGUAAGCGCUUUAAUGUCUUGCGAGGUUGAUUUUGUAUAUGUGCUGUUUCCAUUGGCUGGCCCGACUUGAAUGACUCCGAUGACCGCGUGCUACACUGGACUAUGUACCUCAAUGAGAAUUGGAAGAGUUAAUUAUCAGUCAAUUGUUUUCAGUUGUAAAUAUUACGCCAAGGUAUACUACCACGCGAGAUGGUAUAGCUUGUCUUGGUAAAUGCCGUAACCAAUCGGAUCGCGCGUAGUGACAGACACGUGCCAAAUACUCUUUACUGGCAAUGUUACUUAACAGGCGCUCGUAUCUUGGCUCAGUCUGCCUCGUGGCUUAUUAAAGUUCGGAAAAUCCUGACGACUACAAUAAUGCUUCCCGUUUUACCGAUCUACCAUCCCUCCGCUGCAGUUGGAUUCGUCAAUUCCUCAGCCAGGACAAUACUUAUUUCAUAGCACUGGCGCACAGAACCAGAACCAGAACCAGAACCAGAACCAGAACCAGAACCAGAUGGGUGUUGUUUCCAUUUUGAAUCGACAGGAUUGCUAUAUUCCGUCGAAUUCUCCUCGUCUGAAGUGACAUCAAAUGCAACGUCUGCAAGAAUCGCCCUCUCAUUCGCAUAGAUAUAACGAAAAUAAGGACAAGAGAGGUCAUCAAAAACGCUUCGUCUCCUGCCAUUUUUGAAAUGUGCGUGCUUUUGUAAUUUGAAUCGUCAGCGGGUUAAAUCCUGAGUCAAAUUUUCCAGUUAAAACAGAUGUCACGUUUAACUAGCAAACGUUAGUCUCUAAACAAACAUCUACAAAGAAUUUUUAGCUAGCUAAUCGGCCUAAUAAAAAGGCACUCUCAGUUUGCCUGAGCUGAUAACAAUUCAUGGCGUUCACAGAUCACUUGAAUUAAUAAUUCAAAAUAUGUCGAAUGUCGACCGACUGUCGGUCUACUUUCGAUAUCCUAUUACUGAAGGUUUUUUUGAGUGAAGAGGUUUUUCAUUUUAUAAUUUUUUUUUUUUUUUUUAUUUUUUAUGUUGUGUUAGGAAAUUAACCUAUCAUAAAUGCAUUUUUAAUUUCCCCUUAUUACUAAUUCAAAUUCGCGCAGAAAAACCGGCUUUUUUUUCUCUUUCGUGUCACAAAUCUCACAGCUUUCGGGCAUUUUACAUAAUCAGACGCUAGUGAUGAAUUUUUUACUCUCUGAUCUAGACUUAGAGGGUGCUGUCGAAAUAUUCUUUGUUUGUAACUAAGGAUAACCUGUAAAAGAGUGGAAACGACUGCAGGAUGAUAAUGAUAACAAAUAUAACGGGAAGUGGAACACAGACGAAAACAUAUGAAAGAUUGUUAUGCUCACCAGUUUGGGUAGGUGAAUUAAAACAACAGUCCAUUUCAUUCUCAGCAAUCAACAUUCUAUUCUCCAUCACAGCAAUCCUCGGGAAUUCUCUUAUCCUUGUUGCCCUUUACAAGGAAUCUUCCCUCCAUCCGCCAUCCAAACUCUUGUACCGUUGUUUGGCAACAACCGAUCUGUUGGUUGGUCUUGUUACCCAGCCCCUCUGUGCUACUUAUUGGAUGUCUUUGGUUCACGAACACUGGAGUCUUUGUCGAUACGCAAGGGACGCAAUCUACAUAUCAGGCUAUGCAUUAUGCGGAGUGUCUUUGUUGACUCUGACGGCCAUAAGCGUAGACCGACUUCUCGCCAUGUCGUUGAGAUACAAAGAGAUUGUAACUUUAAGGCGCACGUAUAUCAUUUUAGCUAUAUUUUGGGUUGUAUGUCUAGUCGCUGGUUUAUUCUCUCUUUUCGAUUACCAUAUAACCUUUUGGUGCGGCUUUAUAGUUAUAUCAUCUUGCCUGAUUAUCUCCAUCGUCUCGUACACAAAAAUUUUCCACGCUAUCAGUCAUCAUCAAGCUCAAGUACAAGAGCAUGCUCAACAACAGCCGAGCCAACCAAAUGCACUGAACAUGGCGCGAUACAGAAAGGCAGUGUACAAUGCGCUGUGGGUGCAGUUAGCUCUAGUUGUCUGUUAUGUACCACAAUUUACACUGAAAAUUGCGAUGUCUCUUAGUAAAGAACGAUUUCCGAAUUUCAUUAUAAUCAGCGAAAUGGCAACUUUCAUUGUGUUAUUUAACUCUACUUUAAACCCGUUCCUUUACUGCUGGAAGAUAAGUGAAGUGAGAGGAGCGGUAAAGCAGACAAUCAGACAAGUAAUCUGCUAUGCAUAG